UGACAAAAUGGAACCCACCAGCAGUGUGAGGAGACCUGAAAGUGGCACAUGGCAGAGUGUGGCGAUGGAGACAGCAGCAAUGGGAGGCCGUACAGGGACCCAUGACACACUCUGGACCUGGCAGCAGCAUGAGGAGUCGGUACGGGGGCCCAUGGCAGAUUACGGGCCUGGCAGCAGCAAUGGGAGGCCAUACAGCACCCUAUGACAAAAUGGAACCCACCAGCAGUGUGAGGAGACCUGAAAGUGGCACAUGGCAGAGUGUGGCGAUGGAGACAGCAGCAAUGGGAGGCCGUACAGGGACCCAUGACACACUCUGGACCUGGCAGCAGCAU